GAGCCAUAACUUGGCGGAGGGGUUCUCUGAGGUCAAGAGAGUGUUUUAUUUUUUUAAUAAGAACAAGUACAGCCUGCUUGUUGAUGUGAAAAGGAUCCAGUCAACAUGGAAAACUUAGUUAAGGCAAGAGAAGAACUGUAGGGCAAUCUCCUUGAGUGGGACAAGUCACGAAAUGUACUGCAGGAAUGGAGAGGGGUCCAUAACAACAGGACAGUUGGAGUAUAUGUGCACGGAUGGAGAUAGGUGGACGCAGUGAAGGCAACCAUGCCUUCCACUGACUGCUUCUAUUUUCUCAGCAAAAUAGGACCAACAUAGGAAAGCCAUGAUGUGGAGGAAAACUCUGAUUCCGUGACAAAUAAGCAGAAUAGCCACAAUGCUAUGAAAGGAAAUUCAGGAUGUGUUGGAAUAAGCCAAGUAGAACAGGCAAGUUCCCGUAGAUCCUGUGCAAGCAAAGGGACAAGGGCGGGAACACUCCCGGCGUAUGUGGGGAGAAGCCAGUGUGGUCGACGCUGAGAUUCCGUGCCCCAGAGGCGUGUAAGUGAACUUGAUUUGACUGAAAUUGUAGAAGGCCUUCGAUGGCGGCCUGAAGAAUUUCGGCCUCCAUUGCUUGCCCCUGAUUUGUGUAUUCCAUUCUCCAGUGUCGCUAAGAGAUGCAUUCCAGAGUUCUAGACUGUUGACUUCAGCUGCCACUACACAAGGAUAACUGAAGCACCACUGGCCUUUUUCAUACGAUGUCUAAGGCACAUACUUAUUAUGUGCAAUUUUCAACUCAGAUCUACCAGUAUUUUGUGGGGCUGUAUCAGCGCCUCCAGAAGUUCUGGAAUGUCACUGUUAGGCGCUUUUUCGUUAAGAAGAAGGAAGAAGAUAUCCCUUCGGUUGAGAGUAUUUUUCACAAAGAAAAAUUCGUGGUGCUUGGUCGUGUAUUGAAGAAUCAAUCUCUAGCCAUUGAGAAGAGGGCUCAGGCUGCAUAUAGAAUCGGACUGUUGGCCUUCACAGGAGGACCCACCGCUGGGAAAUACGCCACUGAGCACAUAAAAGAAGUGGCCAGUUUGUUACAAAAUCACCAGCUGGCGCCGAAAGUAAAGAUUCUGCUGCUCCAGAGUAUAGCCUGCUGGUGUUACUUAAAUCCUACCAGCCAGAGGAAAGCCAAGAAUUUCAAGUUUAUCCCUAUCCUCGUGAGGAUUUUUGACUACAGAGUCGAUUCUGUCAUCAAAACUGAAAUCAACAAACACCUCCUUGUUAAAUUUUGGGCUUGCUACGUUCUCUCUGUCAUGACCUGCAAUAAUGUGUCCUGCAUAAAGGAGCUUAGAGACUUAGGUAAUCUGAAAUAUCAUUUGCAAAUACUGGCGGCUGAGAAUUGGUCUGGGUGGCCUGAGAAUUUUGCAGAGGUGCUGUAUUUCCUCAUCGGUUUCCACAGGAAUUAAUUUCUCUAAGGGCAGCUACCGUCGCAUUAACCCGGAAAACUGAAAUAAACAAUAACAAGUCGAGAUAGUACUCUAAAGUGUUUUCUUUUAGGCAGUUGAAAAAUUCUCUGUCAACCAUCACGGUGACCGAAAUAACCAAACGUAUGAAAGGCACCAGUGUUUAAAAUGACCUCAUAAAGGGACACCUGGGUGGCUCGGUCAGUUGAGUGUCCGACUCUUGGUUUCAGCUCAGGUCACCAUC